AUGAAUCUACUGGGAGUGGAAGUGUGGAUACUACUGACACUCAUUAUAAGUCAUGUGGUUAAAGCACAAUGGGACACGGCUUACUCUCCAACUUAUUCCAACGCUUUUCUCAAACUUUCAAAUAAUGAGAUUUUGCAGAUACCAAACAAUCAGAGUUACAAUUAUGGUGACAUAGCAUCAAAUAUUAUAACUGCUCCAACUAAGCAGAAUUACUCGAUAACUGUUGCAAAUGGUGACCUUUAUGCCUUUUAUAAAGGUAGUAUCCAGUCAAACUACUCAAUAAGCAUCUCAAUUUAUAACACCAAUACAUCCAAGUGGGAAGGGGUCAAGUACAAUACAACAUUGUCUAAAAACACAAACUACCAACAUUUCGAUGAUUCCACUGUAAUGACAUCUCCCGAUAAAGAUGGACAUGAUUCAAUUUACAUCUAUGGAGGUCUUUAUAAUAAUACAGUUUCAAACAGAAUACUACAAUACAACCCAUAUACAAAAACACUGAACUCAAUAAUCACUUCAAUAUCUCCAACAGGCUUUUACGGAUCGGCAAAUGCAAUAUUGGAUUCCAAGGGAACAUCAAAUUUAUUAAUCGGUGGUAAAGCAUCGUCUGGUUGGGUCAGUAUGUUUCAAAUUGCCCUUUGGGAGUACAAAUCAUGGACUUUCAAAACGGUUAGCUCUUCGUCACUUAGUAUAAAUUCCAGAAUCAAUCCAUUGGUGUUACCUGUUUUCAAAGGUGAUGAGACGCAUGCUUCAAGUGUUUUGGUACUUGGUGGUCUUCUUGGUACAAAUUUAGCAAGCCCCUAUGUUCUAAACUUGAACUUAACAGAUGAUUGGAAAUGGCAAGACUUUACAAAAAAGACAGAUUUCAAUGUUAAUGAUAUUCUGGGAGCUGUUGUUUUAAAUUCAACUUUGUUUACUGUGAAUGCAAAUUCAAAGAAAAGAAGCAAUGGAUACACAUUACAUUUAUAUGAUACUGAUGGCUUAAAGAAAGUUGAUACUUUUGAUUCGGCAUUUAAGUUUUCCAAGACUACAACAGAUGACAAAUCUUCCAGCUCAAGUUCAAGCUCAAGCUCAGAAUCAUCUGUUUCAUCUUCCAUCUCAUCAUCGAUAUCUUCAGAAGCCUCUUCAGAAGUUACAUCGUCUGUAUCGCUUGAGAAUUCUUCAUCAAGCUCCAUACUUUCUUUCAGUUCCGCUACUGGAAACGUUACACCAAGGAGCUCAAAUGCUAAAGUUAUUGUUCCAGCAGUUAUUGUCCCUAUUAUCAGUAUAGCAUUGAUUUCACUACUGUGUUUUUUCAUCUACAAAAAAUAUUACAAAAAGGAAUCAGAUCUAGAUGACGAUACAGACUCAGAACAUCCAGAUCUUUAUAAUGAAGUGAACCAAAUAGAUAAUCAAAGCAUAUCCUCAUGGAAUCAGAAAAGAGAUGAGUAUGAACGCCGCAGAUAUUCUCAGCAACGUACGCCAACAAGGGCCAAACCAACAACAACUAUGAUUUCACCAUCUCAACAACAAAGAUCACCAACUAGGCAAUCAGUUGACUUUUCAUUUGAUAAUACAAACAACAAUCUUGCUAAGAAGAUUAUCAAGUUUUCAAACCAUAAUAAACCAUCUUCACAACACCAGCGAUCUCAUGGACCUUUCGCAAACCCUGAGGAUUAUGCUGACAAGCAAGAAUUAUCACCAAUGUCAAAUCAUGCAAACAGAUCAAGAGUUUCACUGAUAUCUUCAAAAGGUGACACAGUGAGUUCGAGCUCGGAAGAGCUGGCACCUUCACCAUUUGAUGAAGAAGAGGAACAAAUCGAUAGGUUCUUGGGUAAUAGAGAUGUUCAAGUCCUGGUUAGCUCAAAGAGGAGAUCCAAAUUAAGAAUAACAAACCCAGAUGUUGAAUCAAUGGAAUCUAUAAGUGAAGCUGGUAGUGGGUCGACGAUCUAUGAUGAAAAAAUUGGUGAAUCAAAUCAUGAUUUAAACUCAAGAUUCACCAAUAAUGAUGUAUUUCAUGAUGAAAAUGGGAUUGAGAAUGAUGAUUAUGUUCGAGAAAUACUGAAGGCUUUUGAUGAUGAUAAUUUGAGUACUGAUAUUGGAUCGUUUGAUAAGUACGAUCAAUGAAAAGGACUAUAUAACG